UCUCAGUUCUCUCUUCACAUAACUAGAGCCAACAGCAACUUGAAGAAAUGCAUCCUCCAGUAUAUCAAGACAACCCAAAAUAUGCACCCCAAGGGUAUCCAAUGAACAUCUCUACUAGACAACCUUACCCUCCAUAUAUCUCCUCAGCCACCGCCACCGCAACACGGUGGUCUACUGGUCUUUGCCAUUGUUGCGAUGACCCGGCAAAUUGUCUCGUUACUUGCAUGUGUCCAUGUGUUACCUUUGAACAAAUUGCUGAGGUAGUCAAUAAGGGUUCAAUAUCUUAUGCAGCAAGUGGUGCAGUUUAUGGUCUGCUGCUGGGUUUUACAGGUUUGUCAUGCUUGUACUCGUGCUUCUAUCGGUCAAGAUUGAGAGGACAAUAUGACUUGGAAGAGGCUCCUUGUGUAGAUUGCUUGGUUCACUUCUUCUAUGAGCCUUGUGCACUUUGUCAGGAAUAUAGAGAACUCAGGAAUCGUGGUUUUGAUAUGGGGAUUGGUUGGCACGCUAACAUGGAUAGACAAAACAGGGGAAUUACAGUUGCCCCUCCAGUUGUUGGUGGGGGCAUGAGCAGAUGAUAUUGAAAGAAACUACUCCUGUAUUUCUACAAAUAUUUUCUCCAUCCAUCCAUCUAAUUUUCCCUCGCUAUUCGUAUGAUAUAUCUUGAACUUUAAUAAAAUAUAUUGUGCUUAGAUGCUAGCUGUUUGGAUU